UCUUCCAUUUUUGCUUAGCUUUUGAGUUGUGUUGAGUUGUUAAAUUUAAUUUAUUUAGUUUUGGUAGUAUAAUAUUACUAUAUGGUUAUAAAUGCCACCACUUUCUCUUUCAUUUUUGCUUUUCCUUUACUGUAUUUAUCUAACUGUGGUUUCCUCCAUUGCAAACCAAGCUUCCCUUUUCUUUUUCUUUCCACCUUUUUUGUUUCACAUAUACACUAAUACCCACCAACCAUUUCACCUAUCUCUUCCCUUUUUAGCCCUCUCCUCACAUUUUCCCUUCAAAUUUCACAUUUUUAUUAUUUCUCUUUUUGCCCCACUUUGAGUUAUAUUUUACAGUCUCUCCCCACCACUUUUUGUGCUUCUAAACUACUCCUCACUCUUCCCUUUUGGAGCCUUUCUUGCUUCUGGGUUCAUUGGUUUUAUCUAUAAGCUUGUUCAAUCUCAUCAAAAGAUUAGACCUUUUUGUUUAAUUUGUUGCUUCUCAAGGAGAAGAUCAAGGAGGCUAAAGCUUGCAAUUUUUUAUAAUUUUUAUUGUUAUUCAUUGCCCUUAGAUCGCUUGUAAAGGUGGGCAUGUGUUAAAUAAUUUGGUUGUUGAUUUGAGGAUCAGAUAUGUCAUCUGAGAGUUUGAGUUCAGAGCUAUCAAAACCAGUUUUGGGUUUGAAAUUAUGGGUUUUGAUUGCUGUAUCUGUUGGAGCAUUUAUAUUUUUGAUUCUUGGUAUCUUAUCUGUAUGGCUUACAUUUCGUCGGAAAACAAGAAGAUCGGUAGACAAGUUCUCCGUUUCUCAAAUACCAAAUGUGUCUAAGGAUAUUAAGGUCGACAGGGUUGCGGCUCAGAAUGUAAAUGACCAUCCUGAGAGUUUGUUUCUAACAGUCAAUGAUAAAUCAAGUGAUAAAAAUUCAGAAAAGAUGAUGGUUCAUUUGGGGAUGAGCAAAUCGAGUGAUCAUGAUAAUGCCAGCCAGAGUAGCUCAAUUUAUCAUCACGAAAGAGGAUUUAGUUCACAUUCAGGAGAAGAAGGAAGCUCGGGGGCAGCAAGGAAGCAGUCUUCAUUGUCGUAUGCAGGUCUUGUGACAGCCUCCCCCUUAAUUGGCUUGCCAGAAAUCUCGCAUCUUGGAUGGGGUCAUUGGUUUACACUUAGGGAUCUCGAAUUUGCAACGAAUCGCUUUACGGCAGAAAAUGUUCUUGGUGAGGGAGGAUAUGGGGUUGUUUACAAGGGUACACUAGUCAAUGGAACUGAGGUAGCUGUGAAGAAGCUUCUUAACAAUCUUGGACAGGCAGAGAAGGAAUUUCGAGUUGAAGUGGAGGCUAUUGGUCAUGUUCGACAUAAGAAUCUUGUGCGCCUACUUGGCUACUGUAUUGAAGGAGUCCAUAGGAUGCUUGUCUACGAAUAUGUGAAUAAUGGCAAUUUAGAACAGUGGCUGCAUGGAGCUAUGCGGCAUCAUGGUACGCUUACCUGGGAGGCUCGCAUGAAAGUUCUUCUUGGCACUGCUAAGGCGCUUGCCUAUUUGCAUGAAGCAAUAGAACCAAAGGUUGUUCAUCGAGACAUAAAGUCGAGCAAUAUCCUGAUUGAUGAUGAGUUUAAUUCUAAGGUUUCUGAUUUUGGGUUGGCAAAACUCCUCGACUCAGGAGAGAGCCACAUUACAACUAGAGUUAUGGGUACAUUUGGAUAUGUUGCACCAGAAUAUGCCAAUACAGGCUUACUAAAUGAGAAGAGCGACAUUUAUAGCUUCGGGGUCCUGCUGCUAGAAGCAGUUACUGGGAGGGACCCUGUGGACUAUUCUAGGCCUGCUACCGAGGUCAAUCUUGUGGAGUGGCUAAAGAUAAUGGUGGGGACAAGAAGGGCCGAGGAAGUUGUUGACCCAAACCUUGAAGUUAAGCCAGCAACACGAGCGCUGAAACGUGCUUUAUUGGUUGCACUUAGAUGUGUUGAUCCUGAUUCAGAAAAGAGACCUAAGAUGAGUCAUGUUGUAAGAAUGCUUGAAGCAGAUGAAUAUCCAUUCCGUGAGGAUCGGAGGAAUAGAAAGAGUCGAACCACAAGCAUGGAAAUAGAAUCCUUGAAAGAAUCAAACGACAUGGAAAACAAGUUGGGAGAUUCAGAGAGCAACGCCACCGACACAAACCACGGAAAAGAAUUACAAACAUGAUCCGGGAGAAUAGUUGCUUCCGCACAUCAAUUAGAAUUAAACCAUAAAUUUACUCACGUAAAAUAUACAGCUAAAAGUUCAUCUUUUGAAGAGUGUUUCCCGUACGACAAAGGAGAAAGUGGGUUCACAAACGGUAGGUGAGUUCCAUCACCGGCGUUUCUCAUUCGGUAGAGUUUCCUUCAUCUGGACUGAUGAAGAGGUGUUUUCAAUCCCAUAAAAAGAGGUAAAAUGUGUCUAAUAGGGUUAGAUUCUUGUUGUACAUAAGUUUCUUUUAUUUUUUCAUCUUUUGUUUUGCUUUUGACUUCACUGUUCUUUUUUGCAACACAGAAUGAUUAAUUUGGUCUCACUUUUUCUUAUUCA